AUGCCAUCACACCUUGCGCCGUACACUCUUGUUGCCAAGGCUCCUACCGAAUUUGAUAGGUUCAUUCCAGCCCAAUCCAUCAAAAUUGAGGAACUUGAAUCAGCGCUAUCAAUCAUUCCAAAUAACCCCGUUUCCCAGCCUACAACUUCCCUUAGCAUUCACAAUUCGGCCCCGCCGAUAGGCACUGUGGUUCACCCAGAGGGUGGGCCUAUAUCGUACCGUGGUUGCAUUGUCUCUACCCAGACUCUGACCGACGCUCACUCCAUCAUUGCGGAUCGUAUCCUAGAUCGGUGCGAAAGACCUGCAGAGGAUGCGAAGAUCACUAUAUUUUUAUACGUUCUAGGGCGCCAAAUCGAUUACUAUGUAGUUGAUCAUGAAUCCAAGGCGAUUACAUGGGCUGCUGGGCAGGUUCCUGAGUCGCUCAAGGGCGCCACUCGCGCAAAACACGAGCACGAGUAUUGGAUUCAUAUGGAGAACUUUCCUGGGCCUCGCUUCUCCACCCCGGAUGAUCUUCGCUUGCUCAAGCAUGUCUUAUCGAGCAAUGCUAUCGAUGCUCUAACCUCUGAGGGGUCAACUUCUCCAAUGUCUGUACAACAGAUUCAAACACAUUUGAAGUCUCUGGAAUCAUUCAGUAGUGGCGGCGACAUCCAUAAAACCUACGCUGUAGCUCGGUUAUGGAACUUGAUCCUACAGAGUCGUGUAAUCAAUAAAUACGGAACAACGGAUGCACGACUGGACAGAUUUGUCAGUAUUACCGACAACCCACCUAUUUUUGUAGGCAUGUAUGCCUUCAUUGCGAAACUUAUGUUUAAACGACCCCAUACGCAUUUGGGGCGAUGCUCCAGAGCAUGGGCCGACAGAAUCGCGUAUACAGAAGAAUGGAGGAAGUUCAAAGCCACCAACGAAAAAGAAUGGAAGCAAGUGGCGAAAUUGGUGGGUAGUUAA